ACAAAUUUCGAAUUCAAAACUCUUUCUUCUACCCUCUUCUUCUUCAUCUUCAGCCGUCGACAUCCUCUAGUAAUCCAGGUGUUAAAAUCAAUGGAAGAAUCUAUUCAGAUGGAAAUUCAAUCUGUAACUGAACCCGAGCCUUUACAAGGUAAGCCAAUCUUUAAGCCAUUGAAGGCUCAUGAGAUGUCUGAUGGGAAGGUUCAAUUUAGAAAAGUAGCCGUCCCACCGAACCGGUACUCUCCUCUCAAGAAAGCUUGGUUAGAUAUCUACACACCGGUCUUUGAUCAUAUGAAAAUCGACAUAAGGAUGAAUCUUAAAUCCCGUAAAGUCGAACUCAAAACCCGAGCUGAUACACCUGAUGUUAGUAAUCUUCAGAAGUCUGCGGAUUUCGUACACGCUUUCAUUCUCGGUUUCGAUAUCCCCGACGCCAUUUCUCUUUUGCGAAUGGAUGAACUGUAUGUGGAGUCUUUUGAGAUCAAGGAUGUCAAGACGCUUAAAGGCGAGCAUCUGUCCCGAGCUAUCGGGAGAUUAAUUGUCUGGGAAAGGAGGAAAGACGAAGUUUGCUAUUGAGAAUUCUACAAAGACAAGGAUUGUGAUUGCAGACACAAGGAUUCAUAUCUUAGGAGCUUUCUCUAACAGUAAAGUCGCCAGGGCUUC